CCUUACUCUACUCUACUCUUAUUCCUAUUCCAUUAUUCUAUUCUAAAGGUUUUGGAGAAGGGUUUGGAGAUGGGAAAAUCAACCAGCCGCUUUGAAACGGGCAAGAGACGGAAGGAGGACAACCUUUUAGGAUUGCAACUCAAGAUCACAAGAAAGGAGUGGAGCCCAACGUGGCAUUUUCCCGCAAUCCUUCGGCCGUACGGCUCCCGGGCUGCGCGCUCUGACAUCUUGUUGUACGGAACGCAACAGCUGGAAGGCGCCAUGUAGGGAAGCACCCCCUCCCCUCCCCCCCGCUGCUGCCGCCUCCUCCAGGUCCUAAAAACCUACUCGGAAAGCGAGAAAGAGAAAGUCGGGUGCGCGGAGCGAAGUUUCUUUCUUCCGAUAGAUCAGCGCCCGCGGGUUUUCGUUUUUAACCCGGACACUUCGCUGCGCUGAAGGCAGGAACGGGUUUUGGAUGCCCCGCAAAGGGGGAUGUGCGGGGCGGGGGUUGUCCACAGCCGAUAGUUGGAGGUGCGUAAAUGUGGGGUGAGCGACGGGAUCCGCCUCUCAUCAGAUGAUAGGGCGGAGAAAGCCCGUGGCAAAGCGGAGAGAAACUUAGGGAAGCCGGCGCUCCCGUUUCACAGAAACGCGGCGGACUGCAUCACUUAUCAUCCGCAACCUGGGGGUAGGGGAAGGGAAGUAAGAGCCCCAGCAUCUUCCAGGUGGACUGUCUUGGACCAUACAAGUCCCAUCACCUCCAGUGUCCAGAAGCUUAGAAUUGUGGGUGGGGACAUGGAAAGAGAAAAUCCCAACAAGGAAGCUGUCCUCAUUACGGGUGGAAGUGGAUAUUUUGGUUUUCGGUUGGGUUCAGCCUUAGCCAAGAGCAAAGUGGAUGUGACCCUCUUUGAUGUUUCCAAGCCUACCCAAGAGAUGCCGAAAGGUGUGAAAUUUGUGCAGGGUGACAUCUGUGUGAUCCACGAAGUGGAAGAAGCAUUCCAGGGUGUGUCCUGUGUCUUCCAUGUUGCUUCCUAUGGGAUGUCUGGCCGGGAGCAGCUCAACCCAAAACGUAUAGAAGAGGUGAAUGUCAAAGGAACCGACAACAUCAUUGAAUCUUGCAGGAAAGUUGGAAUCUCCAAACUUAUAUACACAAGUACAUACAAUGUAGUCUUUGGAGGUCAAGUCAUAGAAAACGGAGAUGAAUCUUGGCCUUAUCUACCCCUCCAUCUUCACCCUGACCAUUACUCAAGGACCAAAGCUUUGGCUGAAAUGAAAGUCCUGGAGGCAAACGGGACAGUCCUAAGGGAUGGUCAGGGAAUUUUGAGAACCUGCGCCAUAAGACCUGCUGGCAUUUAUGGGCCAGGAGAGCAGAGGCAUCUUCCAAGGAUUGUCAACUAUGUUGAGCAGGGAUGGUUCCGGUGUGUGUACGGGAAUCCUAGAAGCCUGGUGGACUUUGUGCAUGUAGAUAACCUGGUGCAAGCUCACAUUUUAGCAGCCAAGGCUCUGGGUGCCACCAAAAACUAUACAGCUGCUGGCCAAGCCUAUUUCAUUUCUGAUGGGAGGCCAGUCAAUAAUUUUGAAUUCUUCCGCCCUUUGGUGGAAGGUUUGGGAUACACCUACCCCUCUCUCUGCCUCCCUCUGUCACUCGUUUACUUCUUUGCAUUUGUUACAGAACUAGUCCAUGUUGCAGUGGGGCGCCUGUAUAACUUUCAGCCCCUCCUCACUCGCACCGAAGUUUACAAAACCGGUGUGACCCAUUUUUUCAGCUUAGCCAAAGCUAGAAGGGAGCUGGACUACGAACCUCAGCAUUACAGCCUAUGCGAAGUGGUGGAAUGGUUCCAAGCCCAUGGUCACGGCCAAAAGUUUAGCAAGUCCUCAAAAAAACACUUCAUCAGAAACGCAGCUCUGGCCUUCCUUGUGGCAGUGAUGGUCCUUUUAUGGUUGCCAACAUUUUCUUGAAGCUCCUCAAAUAAGAAAAUGCAACAAGCGCCACGGGUGGCCUAGAGGCGGAGCUCUCGCCUCACACUCAGGAGGCUAUGAGUUUGAUCCUAGGCAGUGGCAGAUGUUUAUGAGUAAUUUGCUGCAACCUCCGUGUAGGCAUUAGGAAGGGCAUCCGACCAGUAAAUUCCUAAGCGUGUUGUGACUCCAGCCCUCGAAUCUGGCCCCAUGCCCGAAAGUGACUCAGAAAGUGAGGGGAAAGGGCCCGUAAGGCUUACCUCGGGAGCACCUAUUCCUUUGGCUCGGCUCCAGGAGCCAGAACCAUACCAGUCGGAGGUCAUAAUGAGGCCGUCAUCCCCUGAUUUCUCCCUUCCCCAGGCUACACCUUCAGACCCAGCUGAUAAUAAUAAUCAAGCUUGGCUUGACCCGCGCUUCAGAAGAUUAGAGAGGCGGCGUCAUCAAAAGGAUAUAUAAGGAGCUUUGGGACUGCUCUCACUCCACGGGAAGCAAAAGUUUAGCUGAACCGUUUCAAAAAGAGCUGAAAGUCUUGCUACGUGAGUCAUUUGUUUGAACUUUGGCAGGCAGCUGCGAUUUCUCUGCCAGGACUGAUAAGAGCUGUGAAUCCACUGGCUGAAGGCCAGCUCAUGGGUCUGAAGUGGGGAAGGAGACAGAACAAAGCGCCAUUCCCAACUUCACCCCAAUACAAGAGAUUACAGACCCUUCCACCGCCGCCGCUACCAAUUUGCUAGAACCAGCUGAAUAUUAUCACUGGAGUAGAUGAAGCCGCUCAGAAGGGACCCUUGUUCUCGGGGACAUAAAGGCAGGGGAGGGUGGGACGGCCUUUCAGACAUGCAAGAUUCUGUUAUUUUAAUCUUACAAUAAAGGUGGUGUUAGUACAUGUGGUUUCGUGUCUGAACUACCUUGGAGGGCUGACUUCUAUUGCACUUGAACCUUUUUCUUCUUCAGGAAAAGUCCGGAUCGUGAGUUUGAUGUUAUUUAAUGAAUAAAGCACCUGCUUGUUUGUGAAUGCUGACGCAAGAGGAUGGAUUCAUCAUUUAGCCACUCAACUCAUGACUGCUGAGUUUCUUCCUGGAACCAUUCUAGCAAAUAACAUUUUCAGACCUAUUUUACUGGGGCCCAAGCAUAGCAUGCGAACAUGAAGGCUCUGAGCUUGCUUGUUUUGGUCACCACACUAUAAAAAAGAUGUUGAGACUCUAGAGAAAGUGCAGAGAAGAGCAACCAAGAUGAUGAGGGGACUGGAGGUUAAAACAUAUGAUGAACGGUUGCAGGAACUGGACAUGACUAAUCUAGUGAAGAGAAGGACGAAGGGAGACAUGAUAGCAGUCUUCCAAUAUUUGAGGGGCUACUACACAGAUGAGGGUGGGGUCAAGCUAUUUUCCAAAGCACCCAAAGGCCAGACAAAGAAUAAUGGAUGGAAACUGAUCAAGGAGAGAUUCAACCUGGAAAUAAGGAGGAAUUUUCUGACAGUGAGAACAAUCAACCCAUGGAACAGAAAUGGCCUUCAGAAAUUGUGGGAGCGUCAUCACUGGAAACUUACAAGAAGAGACUGGACUGCCAUUUAUCAGAAACAGUGUAGGGCCUCCUGCUUUGGCGGGGGUGGCUGGGGGUUGGACUGGAUGACCUACAAGGUCCUUCCAACUCUCUUAUUCUGUGAUGUUUUCUUGCAAAUGUUUCAUUAUCCGAACUAGGCAACAGGUUUGGGUCAUGCAGCAGCUCCAAGAAAACAAGCAAGCUCAGAAAGCACCAAGGAGCCCUCUUUUCAACCCUGAGCUACAAAUAUUCCCCUUUGCCACAUGAAAGUCCUAGUAAACCAUCACCUUGUUUCU